UGCAGGAGCCCUUAUUUGUCGGCAGAGCUGUCAAUCAAUCAUCUUUUCAUCAUCCAAUAACUCAUCAAAAGUAAACAUCUCCGAAAUAUAAACACUUGCACAUAAAUCAGCACAAGAAAUAAAUGCUAUAAAACUGAAGUGGAUUUUAAUGUUCUAGUUUGACCCAUGUCCCAUCUGUUAUGAUAGAGGAGGCGGGGUUUAAGACCUGUACUGUACCCUGUCCCAAGAGGGGAAAAGAUCUGGCUUCAGUCAAGAUACGUGGUCAUUAUGUCCAUGUGUUUUAUAGUCUAUUGUGCCAACAUUUCAGCAUGUAGCAAAGUGUUGUAAUAUCAUCAUGAUAGGCAGUCAGAAAGUGUAUUUAUGCUUUUAAUGACUUGGAUAUUUUUUGAAUACCUGGAAACUGAGAUUUGUGCUUUUGUAAAUGAGUUGAAGUAAGUAAGUAAACUUUAUUUAUAUAGCGCUUUUCACAGACAAAAGUCACAAAGUGCUUUACAAAGACAAGACAUACAGAAAAGAAAGAUAAAACCAAUAGGCAGCAUAAAAAUUACAGUGGUUACAUGAUCCAUAAAAGCAUUAAAAGUUCUGCGAAAAUCCACUAAAAGCCUUCCUGAAUAAGUGGGUUUUUAAUUAAGACUGGAAAACAUCUCUGUGUUUAAAUUAGAUUUGAAUUAGUACCUCAAAGUUGUCAUUGAGGACUUUGAGUUAAACCAUAACAUGAAACAGAAAAUGUUGUUUUUUAAUUGUAUCUUUCAACACUUCAGACUUUGCUUAAGUUUUUACCACAUCAAGAGACUUAGAAACUUGGUAUUAGUGAUGACCCUUUAGAGGCGUUUCCUUCAUGAAUACCUCCAUGUCCCAUGGUGUGAGCAGAAAACUGGAACAAAGACGGACACAAAACAAGAUUUAGCUUUGUCAUAUAGUAGGUCAUUUUCUUUGUUGCAGUACAAAACCAGACUAAAAGAUAAGUUUAACAAAGGUCUGAACACAGUAAGUGUUACAGUAUAAGAGGGAGCUGGACAGCUUCGGUCCCACCAUUUGGAGAUACUCUGUCUUACUGCAUUUGGGUGUUCAGGUAAUAAGCAAAUAUGACCCCACUGCAAAGAUUUACUGUGCUGAUGUUUUUGGCCUUUUCUGUAUCAGAGACAUUUGCAGGGAGAAUCAUAGGAGGUCAGGAGGUUAAACCGUACACAAUUGGGUAUCAGGCCUCCCUGCAGAGUGGGAACAGGAAACACUACUGUGGAGGAACCUUGGUGCACCCUCAGUGGGUGGUGUCUGCUGCCCACUGCUGGAGACCGAAACAUCUUGUUAAGGUUGUGUUAAGUGAACACAACCUGAAGGUGAAUGAAGGAUUUGAACAGGUCUUCAAUGUCUCAGAGAUAUACGUCCACGGGUAUAACAGAAAGACAUUCAACAAUGACAUCAUGCUCCUGAAGCUGAGUCGACCCGCGCAGCUGAAUGCCAACGUCCAGCUGGCUCCUCUGCCGGAUCAAAACACUCCAGCACUUAGUACUGGUUUCUGCACAGUGAGUGGCUGGGGUGUGACAAAGAUUUACAGUUACUCCCUGUCUCCUGUGCUACGUGCCGUGGACGUCAGGAUAAUCCCUUACUGCAGUUAUUAUUACUACUGGCGGAUGAUCACUCAGAACAUGCUGUGUGCUGGAUCUCGGUUCGGUGGCAAAGAUUCCUGUCAGGGUGACUCUGGUGGUCCUCUUAUCUGCAAUGGAUUCUUUGAGGGUAUUGUCUCCUGGGGUAUCGGCUGUGCAAACCCAUACUUCCCUGGAGUCUACACCAGAGUGAGGAGCUACGUCACUUGGAUCGACUGGGUUAUCAAGAAUAACACACCAUAACCAGUCCCCCAGUUCUUAAUGAGCAUCUGAAUUAAUUUCAACAAGCUUUUAUAUUUACCUAUCACUAUAUUUGUGCUGUAAGAGAGGCUGAAAUCUUAAUACUGGGGUAUGCAUCGUAGAACAAGCGUUUGCUGUUGUUACAAGAUAAUGGGUUUCUUGGUCACAGUGAUGUUAUGCUCAUAAUUUAUUAAUUUUCAUUUAAUUCAUGGCUUUGACAGAAAAAAAAAAAUACAGAAUUUAUCCAGUUGUUGUUUUCAUUAUCAGACUUAUUAUCAUUACAAGAAAUAGUCGUAGUAUUUUUAGGAAGAGCAGCAAAGAGUUCAGUUGCAUUAGUGAGCAGAGCUGGGUAAUAUGAUUCAAAUCAGUAGAAAUUUUGAAUUAUCACUUAGCCUUUUUUUAUCAACAUUAAAUUAUAUAUAUAAACACGUGACAAUUUUAAUGUUAUUGAAUUAUAUUCAAUAAACAUAAC